UGGUAGACAUGGCGGUUGAUAGGACUCAGAACGGUGAGCGGCAUCGGGUGCGAUUCCUCGCCAGCCCUCAAGUUCCACCACAAAGAUCGCUGGUGCCCUGUCGUAGUUCUGCAGGAAGCCCGGCCCGAAGCGGCGGACCAACCGCGAAGAGAGAGACCAUUGUGAUGACCGUUUCUUUGUCACUUACCAGCUUACCCACCACCCUCCAGCGGACAUCUCCCGAUGGCAAAAAGGGCCUGCCAAACUGUCCCAACUACAUACUUGAACACUCUCGCUGCCCACCAAAGCCACGAGGGAGGGCAAGGCAAGGGGGCAUGGGGCCAUGGUCGACUUGCCUUCCUUGGGAGCUCCAACCGCCCAGGGUGCCACGCAGUGUUUGCCUGUCAAACGGAGCUAACGGCGUGGCAAUCAUGUACGCUAGUCUCUGCGGAUACACCAGAAGCCAGCCCGCUGCCCCAUUAUCUGUGGUGGUUUACAUGAAGUAACGCUGCUCUUCCCUUCCCUUCCUUCCAGAAGGCUAGAAGCCCAGCCCAGCUCGGCACAUGGAUCAUGGAAUUUGAUAAUUGGCGAAAUGAAAAAUGGGUUCAUCGAUGCGGUGAGGCAAGGCAAGCCAAUAGCUCGGGGACUAUCCGUAUCUAGCAUCAAGAUCCGGAUUCUCUCUGGUUAUCAAUAUAUCAGCUCCUUCUAACGUACUUGACGUCAAUGGCAAUAUCUUGAUGAGAUUGUACUUGUGAGGGAACCCCGGUAC